AUGUCUGCUGUAGUGAGCAUCGUGUGUCCCAAGGAAAAAGCUACCUUCAAUAACAUAAGUGUGUCCAGGAACACGGUUACUCGGAGAGUAAAAGUUCUUGGGGAUGACCUGAAAACCACACUGCGUGAACGGGUUUCCAUCUUCAAGUUUUACUCUCUGGCUAUGGAUGAGAGCACCGAUGUUAAAAAUUUUUUCAUUAGAGGAAUCGACUGCAAUUUUCAGAUCACUGAGGAAAUGGCAGCUCUAGUUCCAAUGGAAGGCACCACUACCGCAAAAGACUUGAUGGAAGCUGUCGUGACCUGCAUGAAGGAUCUUGGGCUCUCUUCUGCUAAUAUGAGUGGUACUACAUCUGACGGAGCUCCAUCGAUGGUUGGGAAAAAUACUGGAGUUGUAGCACUCCUUCGAAAGGAAAAACAGCUGCAUGGAUAUGGAGAUAUAAUCUCAGCACACUACAUUAUACACCAAGAGAACCUUUCUGCUAAGACGCUCAGUAUUCCAGAUGUUAUGGCUUUCGUCGUUAAGACAAUCAAUUUCAUCAAGGCUAGAGGUCUCAACCAUCGCCAGUUCCAACAGAUGUUGACCGAAAUGGAAGCUGAAUACGGUGAUUUGCUGUAUUAUUGCGAGAUUCGUUGGUUGAGUCGUGGGGCUAUGCUGGAGCGGUUUUAUUCGCUUCGGAAGGAAAUUGCCUUGUUCUUGCAGGACAAAGGGAAAUCGACUGCUAAAAUCUACGAUCCUAAGUGGAUUUGUGGUUUGGCUUUUUUGGUGGAUAUUUCCAAACAUCUCAACGACUUGAACACUAAACUGCAAGGUAAGGAUCAGCACGUGGGAAUACUUUUUUCCCACAUCAAAGCUUUUGAGACCAAAUUGUAG